AAUGUCGCUACGCGUAAGCUUGGAAAUAUGAAAAUGUUCGUCGUUUCGUAGACAACUUUCACGGGUUAAAGCUUUGUAUUUCCCGGUUUUUGUAGGACGAUAUCUAGGUCAGUAAAUCCAGUGGUAAAUCUGAAAGGAAAAAGUGAUGGUUAUGAACAACGAAUCGCAAAAAACAGGAUCGCCAACGCAAGCACGACAACUUGCCGAAAGCGACGACAUUGCAAGUAGUUUAGUGUUGGACUCUAUGCUUGGCUUUACCACUCACAAAAUGGCAGCACGAUUUCGGCCUCUUAAAGUCGAUCAAGAAGUGGUGAAGAAGGCGCUUGAAAGAUAUCGUCAGGAUUGGGAUUUGGAACAAGCCUACAACGAAAUCGUCUUCAACGCCGGGGAUUGGGGAAGAUGUUACUUCAUCACCAAAUCUAAACCUCAAAUUGCGGCUUUCAAAGAACAUGUCUUCAGAUACAUUGGGAUAUUCAAUAAAAAUUCUGGUUACAAAGUUGUGCCUUGCAGUCGUUAUUCAGGAGAAGAUAAUGGAGCAAAAGUGGUGGCUACUUGUGAAUGGAAUAAAGGUGACAAGCUGCCUUAUCUGUGUGGAUGCAUUGCAGAAAUGAAUGAGGAGGAGGAAAAGAAGUUACUCCGCCCAGGAGAGAAUGACUUCAGUAUCAUGUUCUCCUGUAGGAAAAAUCUAUCACAGCUUUGGCUUGGUCCUGCAGCCUACAUUAACCAUGACUGCCGUCCCAAUUGCAAGUUUGUGUCCACUGGUAGAGAAACUGCCUGUGUUAAGGUAUUACGAGACCUUGAGCCUGGAGAAGAGAUUACUUGUCACUAUGGUGAUGACUUUUUUGGUGACAAAAACUGUAACUGUGAAUGUGUGACGUGUGAGAGACGAGGUGAAGGUGCCUUCAAGUCUAAGGUUAAGACUGUUGACAAGAAACAGAAGUACAGUUUUAGAGAAACAGAUAAAAGAUUGAAGAGACUGGCACGACGAAUGACAGACACAUUCCUUGAUGUUGAUAAUGAUCCUUCACCAAAAGUGCUGCCACCCCCUGAGGAAGGCGAAGCAGCAAAGAAUUUUCAGGAGGAGAUUGAUUGUUUGAUUUCAGUUGACCUACACACAGUUGACAGAGCUGAUGGGGUAGACACUUCAGCUGCUAUUCCUGCUCACAAGUACUACUCUAAAACAAAUAGACCCAAACCAAGAACAAGUGUCACAAUUGGCUUGGAUGAACUGAAUGUUGGAAGGAGAAAACGAAGGAAAAAGGGCCCAAAAUUAUGCAUGCCAACAAAGCGUAAAAGAACAAGACACACUUUCGCAAGUGCAUAUGAAGAGGUCCCCCCAGACAGCAUAUGCAAGUACAUUCCUCCUGUGCGACAUGUUUCGGUAGACAGUGGUGUGGACAUUACAGACAAUGUUGAUGGUGAAUUAAUCGCAUAUGCUGAUAAAUAUAACACCAUCGUGGAUGAAGUGGAUUGUUUUCCUUCAAGAACAUUGGGAAAAUCAGUUGGUACAUACAUGUUGUCUGGGAGACAUGUGCCUGUUGAUGUCCCAAUGAACUCUUUUCCAUUGUUUAGAAAUAGUGCUAGUUAUAGAUGCCCAUGCUGCCCUUAAUCUUUUUUAUGUGUUGUUAAGUGCAGUAAUGUCGCAAAGGACUUACUCUAUCACAAUAUUCAUUCUUACUCUAAAUACAACGUACCUGAGGAUUGUAGCUUCAACCAUGUUUUUCUAGUUCUUAAGUGGUCAAAUGAGACUCAGUAUGUAGUUAAAUGUGCAAUGAAUUGAAAAAACUCCAAGUUGUAUGUAAUAAAACAUGGCUCUUGCA